CCAGAUCAUACAAGUAACGAAACUUAAGGAUCAAUUGCGCAAAAUUCUUAAUCUGCCUCUCAAUAUCACACUCGCAACUAACAAAAGAAAAUGAAUCACAUUACAAGCACCGACUACACGGCUAACACGGUCUUCGCGCUUGGCCUAGUGCCUGGUCUCGUUGGGCUUAACUCACUCCUCCGUCCUGGCCAUGCGCUCUCACUCUUGGGAUUUCCCGCUCCACCUGAGCCGGAGGGGCAGAAACUCGCGCACUCCCUGAUACGAAUGGCAGGUGUACGAAACUUGACGAUGAGCUUGACGACGAUUGCUGCGUGGUGUACUGCAGACCGAAGGACCCUCGGCUAUGUGCUUCUCUCGGGCAUCCCGGUUGCUCUGAUCGAUGGGUUUAUCAGUCGCUGGCAGAUUGAAGGUAUGGAAUGGGGACAUUGGAUCUUUGUACCGGUGAGCUUUGGCCUAGGUGCUCGACUGGUUGGGUGGUUUUGAGUUCCCCAUUGGCUAGCUGAGUGAUUGAGGAGUUAGG